CCAUCAUCACCGACUUGACCCUUUUCGCCAUCGACCCAUUUGCGAUUUGGCCUUCUUGCUGUCUUGCUUUCUCACUUCCUCGCUCUGUACUAUUAUUCCUAUUUCCCUUCACAUUCAACACCAGUAAUGGGCACUCGUCUUGCUUCCUAAAGGCCGGUUAAUGCGCCUGGGGCCCUUGUUAGCCAUAACCCCAUGUUCCUCCUGUCCCGAGAUCGCCACCGGUGGUGAAUCCCAGUCGCCUCUCCCUCAGCGACCUCGACGAGCGCUCAACGGCCGGCCGCCAUCCACGCUUCGAUCACCUUAACCCUUCUCGAGGGGAAACGAGGACGACGCCCCGUCUCUUUCGUCCUUGAUAUAUCCAUUACAUCCAUAUUCUGUCGUCGGGUCCAGACUCUCGACUACAAACCACCCAGAAUGCCGACUCCAGCUUCCAAUCCACCCCCCGACCCGUCGUCGCCACGGUCCUACAGCUUCUCGACCUGUCCCGACGACGCCCAACAUCCCACCUGGCAAUCUCACGAGGCCGUCCAAGACCAUGACGACAUGGGCGUCCAACCUGUGCCUUCCGGCACGAUAGCUGGCACCUCUCCUCCUGUCGGCGACGCGCCUCCUCCCCUCGAGGGUCCAGCACCCGAUGAUGCCAUCAUGGAUGAGGGUCGGACAUCUGAAGAUCCAUCAUCACGGUCAACCACCAUGUCGCCCGGGCCCCAGUCCACCGCUACCGCCGUCACAUCCCCCGCUCCCAGCGGAGCAGAGGCCGACUUGGUCAAAAGUCGAGACGCCGAGAUCGGCAACCAGCUGAGCCGUCAACCGUCAACCAGCAUCCAACAAGCUCCCGAGUCCGAGUCGCUGCCGCGUGCGGCCACGAGGAGAAGGGCCUCGCCCAGCCACGAAUGGGAAUCAGUCGAUGUCGACGCGCAAGAAGAUGAGCUCUGGUCUCCGUCAAUGGGACCCGACUACUCCAACAUGCGGGUCAUCCCCUCCUCGCCAUCGUCGUACCUACGUUCUGGCAGCAAAUUCCAUGGCACCCAGCAAUCGGAAAGACAGGUGUAUGACGUCCAGGUCGAGAUCAAGCACGUGGACAUGCGCGAGUCCUUUCUCUGUGGAUACCUGCGCAUCCAAGGACUCACCGAAGACCAUCCGACCCUCACAACGUACUUUGAAGGCGAGAUCAUCGGAACCAAGUACAGCUUCUUUACCGAACAUGACAACUGGGGGGCGAACAGUAAGGUGGACCUGAGCCAUUGGGCCAAGUUCCCUGCUUUCCGUCCCUUCCAGAAACAGGCACGAAAGGGCCCCAUCACCAUUCGGGACGGCGCUCAGAGGGAACACAUAUUCAUGAGGUGGAAGGAACACUUCUUAGUUCCCGACCAUCGAGUACGCACCAUAACGGGUGCGAGCUUCGAGGGCUUCUACUACAUAUGCUUCAACCAGGUCAAGGGAGAAGUUAGCGGCAUAUACUUUCACUCUAAGAGUGAAAAGUUCCAGCAAUUGGAGCUGAAGCAUGUGCCCGAUCGGGGCUGCUUCGCCGCAACCGAAUUCCGGUGAAUGCCCGGCGUCCCCUAUUCUCGGCACGCGCUCAAGUUUGCGAGUGACGGGAAACCAGCGACAACAGUUUAUUCGAUCCAACUUGGCCGGGCUCAGUCGGAAAGGUAU